UAAUCACCCUGGCGAGGGGCCAACUUAAUUUAUCAGUCCCCAAAAAUUUCCCGGCAAACUCUUAAGGCGGCGGCCUAAUCCAACACCCCUCAUUCCCGCUCUCUCUCUCCUGCAAAACCCUAGUUUCCGAACUUUCUUUCUACUCCGACCCCAAUCAUCCCCAAAAUCUGCCAGUCAAUUCAAUUUUUCUGAGAUUCGAGCUUCAAGUUAGGGUUCUAACUGAUUUUUCAUUGCUGUUAAUUGGUCUAAUGGCGGCUGAAAGAGAUGCAGAGAGCGAUUACACUUCGGAAGAAGAAGGAACUGAGGAUUAUCGAAGAGGAGGUUAUCAUGCAGUUCAAAUUUCUGAUACUUUUAAAAACGGAAGAUAUGUGAUUCAGAGGAAGCUUGGUUGGGGCCAUUUCUCCACUGUUUGGCUCGCUUGGGACACUGAAAAAUCUUUGUAUGUAGCUCUGAAAGUACAAAAGAGUGCAAGGCACUACACAGAGGCUGCAAUGGAUGAAAUAAAAAUUCUGAAAUUGAUCGCGGAUGGUGAUCCUGAUGAUAAAAAGUGUGUUGUCAAACUCUUGGAUCAUUUUAAGCAUUCAGGACCAAAUGGACAGCAUGUGUGUAUGGUGUUUCAAUAUUUGGGAGACAACCUCCUUACCCUUAUCAAGUAUUCAGAUUACAAAGGGAUCCCGCUUCACAUGGUUAAAGAAAUUUGUGUCCAUAUUUUGGUGGCUUUGGAUUACUUGCAUAAUAAGUUGUCAAUGAUACACACUGAUCUUAAGCCAGAGAAUGUCUUGCUUUUAUCCAUGUUGGACCCAUCAAAAGAUCCAAGGUAUACAGGUGCAUCUCCACUCCUUCCAACUAGUAAAAGUAAACCUAAGCCUGAACAGGAUCCCCUAGAAACUAUCGAAUCCAUUCAAUCCACAAAUGGGAAUUUGACUAAGAACCAGAAAAAAAAGAUUAAGAAGAAGGCCAAGCGGGUUGCACAGAAGGGUGCUGGAGAAGAAGCCUCUGGGGAUUCUGAAUCCAGCAUGGGAUUGCCUGGUCAAGAAGAAUCUAGCCAUGAAGCGGAACUAAAUGGAAAUUCUGCUGAGCAAAGAAAGAAGAGUAAUAGAGGACACAGUCCUGCCACAAGACAAAAUCUCUUGAAGUCGGUGGAUGCUAAAUGCAAAUUGGUUGAUUUUGGAAAUACUUGCUGGACAUAUAAGCAGUUCACAUCGGAUAUCCAAACUAGGCAGUAUAGAUGUCCUGAGGUUAUUCUUGGAUCCAAAUACUCCACUCCAGCAGACCUAUGGUCCUUUGCCUGCAUAUGUUUUGAGCUUGCCACAGGCGAUGUUCUGUUUGAUCCCCAUACUGGUGACAAGUACAGUAAAGACGAGGACCACCUUGCUCAGAUGAUGGAGCUGCUGGGCAUAAUGCCUCGCAAGAUAACUCAACAUGGAUGUCGUUCGAAUGAAUUCUUCAACAGAAAUGGGAAUCUCAGACACAUUCGUGAAUUAAAAGUUUGGCCACUCAAUAAGGUGCUUGUUGAGAAGUAUGGUUUUGGGGAGGAAGAUGCAAAGGACUUAGCAGAUUUCCUUGUCCCUAUCCUUGAAUUUGUUCCAGAGAAGAGGCCAAAAGCUGCACAGUGCCUAAACCAUCCAUGGAUUAGUUCAGGUCCUCGGCUUCUUGAGCCUUCGGUACCUAGUGGUCAAGUCCAGGCAGCAGAUAGCGAAGCUUGUGAUGAUACUGGGGCAGAGAUUGAUGACAGGGGGGGAAUUGAAGAUGGAGUGAAGAAUCUUGCUCUUGAUACUGACUCCAAAUCCAAUUCCACGGAAGACUUGAAACCUAUCCCCAUCUUGUCAAUGACAACAGAGGGCUAGUUAGAUUAUUCUGUUUCCAGUUGCAUAUUAUGCUUCCAUAUACAAAGGCCAUGACGUGAAUUCCACAUACAGAUUUCCUUGUCAUGUGCUUAACUAGACAUAUCCCGGAUUGUUGGUGUUGGUAGACGACGCUGGAGAUGUUCGUGCAUGGCUGAUGAGCUGAGUACUUUCAGUUACAUAUAUUAACUAUUAAGCAUUGGUCUAGUAAAGGAAGGAACCUGUCAAAAAAACAAACAAAAAGGAUGUGAAAUUAAUCCUGUAGACUGCAGCAAACCAGUCGGUUCUGGAUCAAAUGUGGCUCUCAUUUUUGUCAGAUGUCAAAUGUACAUUUGAGUGGGGAUAUACAACAAGCGUUGUUUCCUUUUACGUUUGUAUACAGUUUGGACUCCUUUAAUUCGUAUUUUGUUUUUGUUUUUCUUUCUCAAGUAAGACAAUCCCUGUCCAUCAGAUCAAUUCCUUAGUUUGACAUGGCUUCA